GCGUCUGGCACGAAAACUCUACCGCUGUACGACAACAUGGACGCGGCCGUUAGCUCCCAGGAGCCUCGCAGGAGAAGCGCAGGUCUUUAAACUCAGCCGCACUAAGUAGACGUGCUCGGAUUCGAACUCGGUUUUUUUGUGCGAGGAAACUAUACAAGAUGGGUGAACAAAAGUGUGUGUUGAACAGCUGCUGUUGCGGCUGCAGUCUGAGGAGCGGCUCCCUGGCCAUUGGUAUCGUGGGCUUGGUGCUGUCCAUCAUUGCUGCAAUCUACGGCAUCAAGAGAGGGAUCGAUGGCGAGACGCAAGGAUGGAUUGACAUGGUGGUCCAGAUUAUUGAGAUUGUUAUCUGCAUCAUUCUCAUCCAAGGCAUCAGGAAGGAGCACCGUGGGAUGGUGAUGGUGUGGGUGUGGGUUAGCAGCAUCAUGAUCGCCAUCAACAUCGUCCUGGUGGUCAUCGCUAUCAUCAUGACCUUGAAUAUUGUCUUUGCCAUCAUCGCCUUUAUCGUCUUAGGCAUAGCGCUCUACUGCAUCUUGGUGGUCCGGUCGUACGCCCUCACGCUGGGUGGCUCCGGCAGCGUGGCAUAAGAGUCUACGAGAGAGACGAGAGAGACGAAUCCCAAACAUCUGGAGGGGAGCUUUAUGUUUUUCAUCUGUUUUUCUUCGAGAAUAUGACAUUAUUCGAGAAUGUGAAUGUCUGUUUACUUUAUAUUCUGGCCAUUGUUUACAACCGUGAAGUAUAGUUCCAGUAUUAUCAGCUUUAGUGAACGCACAUCCAGCUUACUUAUUUUAUCACAGAGCACAAAACAACUUUUACAUUGUCAUUAAAGGUCAGCGGUUGUCUUAUGGUAUAUUGCACAAGCAAUGGAUUUAAAAAAAUCAGAUUAAUAAGAUAUGUAAAUUUAUCAGGGAAAAAAUUAGACAAGUGCGAAGAAUAAUUUUAAGGAGUAUGAUUUUACUCCAGUGAUUUAUGAGACUGAUUUCAUACAUUUGUGGCUGAGAAGCAAUGGAAAUCAAGCUUUGGUCAGUGAAAAUAAUGAGACCGGUUUAUGCAAACAGAUGACACUUUUACCUUUAAGUCCAGAAGAGUUUAUUUCCAUCCAAGCUAUGUCUUAGAUUUACAAGUUAAGGCCUUACUUAUUUUUUACUCUUUAUUCGAAAGUAUUGGAACCAUAGUUGUUCCUGUAGUUUCAAUUUACCUGAAAGAUGAAUUAUCUCUCCUUUCUUAUGCUGUUUUACCCAAAAUUCAUGAUUGGCGUUGAACAGAAUAUAAAAUCGUUGAUUAUAUCUCCUAAAAGCAUAAGAACUGAUUGAGACUCGUCAUUUUGUGUGUGCAUUAAGAUAUUGAAUGUGUUCAGUAGGUAAGGAUUACUUGAAACUUUAGGAAUAUGUAAACACCUAUACCCUUUGCAUCCGAGGACGUCCUCGUUGGUCUCUUAGCGCUAAGCCGGAUUUUCCCUUUGACCGAUCAAAUCGGCGCCGAGACGCCUGGCCGGACGUGGUCGACCUCCCUCCCUCAUCCGGAAUACCGACUUGAAGGGCUGCUAGUCCAGGAAGAUUUCUGAUGAGACUUUCAAUAUCCAGUCUUCUGUAGAGAUAUCGGGUUAGCAAUGUCCUAUGGAUUCAUUUCGAAUCUGAAGUCGCUGGGGAUUCUCGUGGUCAAAGGGGAAAGUGUAUAAAUUUUACGUUUGGUUAUCACAGUGAAUUUUGUUUCUUAUAGCCAUUAUCUUACGAUGUUCUGUGAGCCACUGGUGAAUAGUCAAACCGCAUAAUGGCAGUAAAUGAUUUAAUUUUUUUCUGAUUGAGGAAUAAAUGUCAUUCCUUGGCAGGAAUGACACUUAUCACAAUUGAUUUCAUAGAUAUAUAUUAGUCAUGAAAUGUGGUUCCAUUUGCUGAGGAAACACUUAUUGGCAAUCACAUUCAUUGGCCCAUGAUACUCGAGACAUUUAUGCACGAAUGCAUGAAUUCACGGCUGAUACAGCCCGCUGCCAUUGAUUUGAUUUUGCUUUCUUUAAAAUGUGUCAGUAACGAGAUUCUGUCCUUUGAUUCGUAUUUGGCCUUAUGUUUUUGUUUGAAAUAAUAGUACCAACUGCUCUCUUUUCACAUAAAAAAAUGUAUGACCAUUUACUAAUUCUGUUAUUUAUGCCAACGAAUGGCUUCUUUCUGUCAAGCAAGAAAUGUGUAUUCUCACAGGAAGGCGAAACGAGCCAGCCAUAUUCACUGCAAAAUCAUCCAUGUCAGACGUGUUCUUUAGUUCAUUUUAGCUUCUGCAAAGAAGGAAAAGACUUUUCAUGCUUAUGUAAUUUCAUUCCUGUCAGGAAAGGUUAUCAGUUUAAUGCACCCUUUUUCAGUAGUAGAAGUUAGAUUACUGUUCUAUACAGAGAAAUAGUAAAUGAAAUAAAUGGCUUUUAUAUUUUCAAGGACAUGACCUCAUGCCUUAUAAUAUUUUUUUACCAUAUGUAACAAAAUGGAUGUCUAUGAUUUAUGAGAAUCUAGAUAAAUGAAGUUUAUUUUAAUUUAGUCACAGAUGCAGUGUUCAUGUAGUGAUUCAUAUUGCUUAUAUUGUCAUAAAUAUAUGGAAUGUAAAUGUUAA